AUUCAGAAUAGAAAACAAUCAGAUUAUCAUUAUCAUCAUGAUUUUGUGGUUUUCAAUCAGAUUUUUUCUAUUUUCAUCAAUUGUUCUGUUGUUUUUGUUUUCAACGGAAGCUCAUUUUCAUACAAAACGUUUACACGAUGAUCUUUUUAGCGAUUAUAAUCGAUUAAUAAGGCCAUCUAAAAAUCAUUCAUACAAAUUAACUGUAAAUAUUGGUCUUAAAUUGACACAAAUUAUAGAUAUAAAUUUGCGACAACAAGUAAUGACCACUAAUAUAUGGUUGGAACAGAAUUGGUAUGAUUAUAAAUUAACAUGGGAUCCAAAUGAUUAUGGUGGUGUUGAUAUGAUCAAUGUUCCAGCUGAAAAUAUAUGGCUUCCAGAUAUAGUUUUAUUUAAUAAUGCGGAUGGCAAUUAUGAGGUAACAUUAAUGACUAAAGCAACAGUCUAUAGUACUGGUUUGGUUGUUUGGAAUCCACCGGCAUUAUACAAAAGUACAUGUAAAAUUGAUGUUGAAUAUUUUCCAUUCGAUGAACAAUCAUGUUUGAUGAAAUUUGCAAGCUGGACAUAUGAUGGUCAUGAAGUUGAUAUUCGACAUGUUAAACAAGAAGAAGGUUCAACUUAUGUUGAUGUUGGUAUCGAUCUUAGUGAAUUUUAUAAAAGUGUCGAAUGGGAUAUAUUGAUGGUUCCAGCUAAAUAUAAUGAAGAAUAUUAUGAAUGUUGUCCUGAACCAUAUCCAGAUAUUACAUUCAAUCUAACAAUGCGUCGUAAAACAUUGUUUUAUACUGUCAAUUUAAUUAUUCCUUGUGUAGGAAUUACUUUUCUUACAUUAGUUGUUUUUUAUUUACCAUCGGAUAGUGGUGAAAAAGUAACGCUUGCCAUUUCAAUUCUUGUAGCAUUGACUGUGUUUUUCUUACUUCUUGCCGAGAUAAUCCCGCCAACAAGUUUAGCAAUUCCAUUACUUGGCAAAUAUUUAUUGUUCACCCUGAUACUCGAUACACUUUCCAUAUGUGUAACAGUGGGUGUUUUAAAUGUUCAUUUUCGUUCUCCAGCUACUCAUAUAAUGACACCUUGGAUUCGAAAAGUUUUCAUACAUAUUUUGCCCAGAAUUUUGCUAAUGAAACGACCAUCUUCACAAGAUUGGCAUGCAGAAUUAGCAGCAAUUGCCAGGAAAGGUCGUGGUAAAUCUAAAAAAGAAUCGAAUGGUAAUCGUGAAACAUCAAUGAAAUAUAGUGGAAAUUUUCAUGAUUCAAUUGAUUCAUUUCAAGAAUCAAUUUGUAUGUCCGGUAGUCCUGAUCAACCUGGUCCAUCAACAUAUUCAACACAUCAAACACAAGAACUAAAUCAAUUAUAUGAACAAAAUUAUGCUCAUCUUAGACAAAUAUUCAAUAUGGUCGAAAUACAAAAAGCUAUGAAAGGAAUUAUUCAUCUUGCCGAUCAUAUACGAAAAGAUGAUGAAGAUAAUAACAUAAUUGAAGAUUGGAAAUAUGUGGCAAUGGUUUUGGAUAGACUUUUUCUUUGGAUAUUUUCGUUGGCCGUAUUCUGUGGAACAUGUGGUAUAAUAUUACAGGCACCAUCAUUAUAUGAUACACGUAGACCAAUCGAAUCGGAACUUUCAUUGGUUACUCCACAAAUUCAAUCACAACAAUCAACUAAUUUUUAAUUAAAUCAUUUUGUUCAUUAUUUAGUUUAUGUUCGAUACACAUAUUUAAGUAAAGCCAAAAUAGUAUUAAAAAAUCGUUUUUUGUAAAAAUCAUUAAAACCUAUACAA